UGCGUUUUGAUUGACAGUGGUCAUGGCAACAUGCUUAGUCCUCCGCCAUUUUGUUAGUCGCUUUUUUUUUUUCAAAUAAUUUCUCUUCCCGCCGGAAUAAUAAAUUUGUUUAAGAAAAUAACACUUGUAAAAAAAAUUUAAAGAAUGAGUCGCCGGAAUCGGAUUCAGAAAAUUCGGAGGAAUACAGUUUAGCGAAAGAUAAAUAUAUAAAUAUAUAUAAUAUAUAUAUAUUUGUAGGCAGCGCUGAGCACAGUGGUUGUCCGUCUCUCUCUAUGAUCUGCCGGGCCGGUUCGCUGCGCAGGUUUGGAACGCGCGCCAUUUUGUGAAAUUUACAAAAAAAAAAAAAAAAAAAAAAAAAAAAAAAAAAAACUUACCCGAGAAAGGCUUUUAACGACAGGAACAGCAAUUUAUCUUUAAAUUUGGAUAAUAACAUAUUAAUACAGACAGCAGUCAUCAACAGCAAGGAUUUUAUCCAGUGAUAAGUGAAUGUACGUUUUCCCAGUAUCUUACCGAAUAAGUUUGUGUUUAGUUGUUGGAGAGGCGCUAUUGAUUUGGAAAUUGAAUUGACACGGAGUCCGGAGGAGUGAGGAUUGUUGCGGUUUGGAAACUGGGGGCUUGUUGGAGGAGAGGAGAAGCUGGAUCUUUUACUUGAUUCCACGGACUCGGAGGCCUUUUUGGAAGAUCCGACAUUAGGAGUAAAAGGGAAACAUUCAGAUAGAGACCCUCCCAAAUGAUUCUGCUGGCUAAUGACAAAAUAAAACAUCAAGCUGUGAGAGCAAAAGGGGCAUUAUCUCCUGAAAACCACUAUCAAGUUGGCCUAGCGGGCUGUGGUUUGCUGCUGGACUCUCCUCCCAAGAUGAUAUGAGACUUAACAGAAGACAAUGCAUACAGGAGGAGAGACUUCAGCAUGCAAACCUUCAUCUGUUCGGCUUGCACCCUCAUUUUCUUUCCACGCUGCUGGCGCUCAGAUGGCAGCACAGAUGCCUCAUUCGCACCAGCAGUACAGUGACCGUCACCAGCAGGGUACGGACCAGUCAAUCACUGCGUCAUCGUACAGUGACCAGGUUCAGCAGCCUGUUGCCAACCAGAGACGGAUGCCCCAAACCUUUCGUGAUCCUGUUGCUGCUCCCCUGAGGAAACUCUCUAUUGACCUGAUCAAAACAUAUAAACACAUAAAUGAGGUAUACUAUGCAAAAAAGAAAAGGAGACACCAACAAGGCCAGGGCGACGACUCAAGUCACAAGAAGGAACGGAAGGUUUACAAUGAUGGGUACGAUGACGACAAUUAUGAUUACAUAGUGAAAAAUGGAGAGAAAUGGAUGGAUCGCUAUGAAAUCGACUCCUUAAUAGGCAAAGGGUCAUUUGGACAGGUUGUAAAGGCAUAUGACCGUGUUGAGCAGGAGUGGGUGGCAAUUAAGAUCAUCAAGAACAAGAAGGCUUUCCUGAAUCAAGCCCAGAUUGAAGUGCGGCUUCUUGAGCUCAUGAACAAACAUGACACUGAGAUGAAGUACUAUAUAGUUCAUCUUAAGCGUCACUUUAUGUUCCGGAACCACCUCUGCCUAGUUUUUGAAAUGCUUUCAUACAACCUCUACGACUUGCUGCGCAACACAAAUUUCCGUGGUGUGUCUCUGAACUUGACCCGCAAGUUCGCUCAGCAGAUGUGCACAGCAUUGCUGUUCCUCGCCACCCCAGAGCUCAGCAUUAUCCACUGUGACUUAAAACCCGAGAACAUCCUCCUGUGUAACCCGAAGCGAAGCGCCAUCAAAAUCGUUGACUUUGGCAGCUCCUGUCAAUUGGGACAAAGGAUAUACCAAUACAUUCAGAGUCGUUUUUACCGGUCACCGGAGGUGCUACUGGGAAUGCCUUAUGACCUUGCUAUUGACAUGUGGUCUCUCGGCUGUAUUCUAGUGGAGAUGCAUACUGGAGAGCCACUCUUCAGUGGGGCAAAUGAGGUGGAUCAGAUGAACAAAAUUGUAGAAGUUCUAGGUGUCCCACCUAAUCACAUACUGGACCAAGCACCAAAAGCAAGAAAGUUCUUUGAGAAGUUGUCUGAUGCCACAUGGGGUGUAAAAAAGACCAAAGAUGGAAAGAGGUAUAAGCCCCAAGGUUCCCGUAAACUCCACACUAUCCUUGGUGUUGAAGCUGGAGGCCCUGGAGGCCGGCGCGCUGGGGAAUCUGGACACGCUGUGGCCGACUACUUAAAGUUUAAGGACCUAAUUUUGAGAAUGCUAGAUUAUGAUCCCAAGACCCGGAUUCAACCCUACUAUGCCCUGCAGCACAGCUUCUUCAAGAAAACUGCAGACGAAGGAACGAACACAAGCAACAGUGUAUCAACGAGUCCUGCCCUGGAGCAGUCGCAGUCUUCAGGAACCACCUCGAGCACGUCUUCAAGCUCAGGAGGCUCCACUGGAACGAGUAACAGUGGAAGAGCAAGGUCAGACCCAACCCAUCCACAUCGGCAUAGUGGGGGGCAGUUUACUGCUGCUGUCCAGGCCAUGGACUGUGAGGCCCAUUGCCUGCAGGUGCGACAGCCAUACCCUCCUCCUGUAGUGUGGACUGGUGGAGACGUUCCUCAGCAGGUCACCGUGGAAACCCACCCAGUCCAGGAGACCACCUUCCACGUAGCUCCACAGCAGCCAAACGCAUUACAUCAACCCCACAGCAGUAACAGCAGUGCCCAUCACCACCACCAUCAUCACCACCAUCACCAUCAUGGACAGCAGGCCGCAGGCAACCGGAACAGACCCAGGAUUUAUAACUCGCCAACAAACAGCGCGUCCACCCAGGAUUCAAUGGAGGUGGUCCACAGUCACCACUCCCUGACCUCCCUGUCUUCCUCCGCCUCAGCCUCCUCUUCCUCCACAUCUUCCUCCUCUACUGGUAACCAAGGCAACCAGGCUUAUCAGAACCGCCCAGUUGCUGCCAAUGCCUUGGACUUUGGCCAAAACAGCACAGUGGACAUGAAUUUGGCCGUCUUUUCAAAUCCCCGCCAAGAGACUGGCAUAACUGGACAUGCAACGUACCAGAUCGCGGCAAACACAGGCACAGCUCACUACAUGGCAGAGGGACAUCUGGCCAUGCGGCAAGGAAUUGACCGGGAGGAAUCUCCUAUGGCAGGAGUAUGUGUCCAGCAGAGUUCUGUGGCUAGUUCAUGACUAAAAUGAGAAUGGGUUUGUUUUUUCUGUGUGUAUUUAAGGUGGUGUUUUUCAAAAAAGAAGUGCAUAGAGAUCAAAAGCUGCUUAAAUCAGUUGUGAGAUUAUCACUGAACCGCUACCACAGUGCAGAGCCGAUCUUUUGUUUGUUUGUUUGUUUGGCUGUUUAAGUUGUUAAACAAAAUAGCUGAAGGACUGCAAAGUUUAAGUAAGUAGAGCAAGAGCCAUGCCCGACCCUUUCACAUACUAGUUUGCAGGUGUUGCAUUGCCAUGGGUUCUGACCUAUUUGUACAGUGACCCUUUGUAUAAUUAACAAGGAUUCAAUGCGGAAACUAGUUUUGUGCUGGUGGUCAUUUGCAAGCAAAUAGAGCUGCACAUGAAUAAUUCAAACACUUAAACCGUUAAAUUGGGCAUAAUAUUAGAAUUGCUCUUUUAUUAUUUUUUAUUUUAGUUACUUUUAUUCUUUUUUUUCCCUGUAUGUUGUGCAGUUCCCCCCCAAAAAAACAGCUGUACACUAAACAUGUAGUACUGCGAGAAACAGGCACUUGCAGUGACGGAACAUCUUGCCUCGCGUCACUUGUGUUUUGCUCAUAGAGGUGCAGAUGGGCAUGUUUUGGAAGGCACAAGCAGGCAUGUCACGUGGCAGUCGUUGGAAUUAUCCUUGUGUGCUCACUUGGAGGCGGUGUUAAAUGCAGCGGUUGCAGUAUACAUCAGUCCCUAGAUCCAGGGACCCAGUUCCGCUAAUGCUAGGACUUCACAGGUCAAAAUCAAUGAGAUGCACUGAGAAGCAAUCACCAGGUCCGUUUUGGCCGAACCUAGGGAUGUCUGGGUGCCAGCGGUCUUUGAGAGAACCCUUUGGCCUUUGAAUUUGGACUCUGAAUGGAAGAAGCUGGACAUUGUCAUUUAAAUGAAAUAGCUUUUCUGUAUUUUUUAACUCUAGACAGCCCUUAAUUCUUUAAAAAAAAAUAAUAAAAAAAAGAAUUGGUAAUUUUGAGGCCUUUCUUUUAACUAAAGUUUAAGACUUGUGUGACCCUGUGACUGCAGGGUGAUCUUGUACGUCCACACGCGUGUCCUAAAGUUGACUUCCUAAUAUAAGUGAAGGUUGCAGAAGUAGUGGUAUGAGGUUGAUGGAGAAAGCUACGACUGUGUCCCUUUCCUGCUUUUUACUUGCUUUUUAUUUCUUUGCUUUGUUUUUUGGUUCUUCAGCAUGUGGUUCCUCCACCAUAACUUCUGCACAUUUGUUACAAAGUACAUACUCUUCUGUUCAUUGUGAACAUUAAAAAAAAAAAAAAAAAAAUGCAGAAUUUUGUGACUGCUUUUUUUUUUUUGCCUCACAAUUAUGCUGUGAAUUUUACAAGAAUUUAUUUCUCCUUUUUGAUAAUUUAUUGUACCAAAGCUGUUUUUUUUAAUAGCACAUAAGAUGUCUGUAACCAAUAAUGUAGCAGUUCUGCACUUUGACACAAGGUGUAUCUACUAGGCCUUUUUUAAAUGUCAGUAAACAAAUGGCUAUAUCUAUUGCUUUAGCAAAACUGGAACUGUUGUUGAACUCAGUACAUUCACUGUUAGCUGUAUCCUGGAUGGAAAUGUUUAAAAAAACAAAAAAACAAAAAAAAUGGUUUGUCGUAAGACUAUCCUGUUCACCUUCUUUCCUUAUUUUUUCUUUCUUACUCGAGGGGACAGUAAUUGCAGAUCUUGUUAGUUACUCGGCGGGUUCCGGAGUACCAGGACAAUGAAGGAGGAUUCAAGGCAAGACUUUGUUUGCAUGAGAUACAGGUGCAGGAGAAUGAUAUCAACAACGGUGCAUUAAAAUUGCUUUUUAGUCUGAGGCUUAUGACGCUAAAACAUGUGCCUAAGUGAACAGGUCUGCUGCCUUAAUUACUCCCAAGGUCAACGUGGCAGUGGCUAGUGGUACCUCCUAUUGCUCACAAAGAAGCAAUGGAAUCCAGUAUUAAAGGCACUGUAUGCGGCUUGUAAAAUAAAAAGGGGAUGGGGAAAAAUCUGGAAUUUUACAAUAGAGAUAUAUAUCAAAAAGCACUCCACUGUAGAGAUGCAUUUUUAGCACCGUUGAUGACGAGAAGAAUAGCUCCUGUCUGAAAAUGACUAUUAAAGAAUUUCUGUCAUAUGAAACAGGAAUUGGCUCUACAAAAUUGGUGGGCCAAUUUUUGACAAAACUAAGCUGCAGAGAGAAGCAGGUAAUGGUUUUGCCCCUUUUCAUGGUUUAAAGAAAAUCUCUUAAUUUUUAAUAGAGCUUUGAGCUUUCAAUCGUAUUUUGAUUCCGAAUUGGAAGUUACCUGUAAUUGUAGGAAAUGAAUAAGUACAUCCAGAACAUACCAGCUGGCUCUGUCAGUAAAAGGCAAUGGUGAUGGAUGCUUUAUCCUGUAAGUAUUUUAGGCUAGACAGUUUCCUGUUUCCUGUUAAAAGCAGGUACUAGUGGCUUUUUAAAAAUGUCAUAAGCUGUAAACAGGAAACCUUUUAACAAAUAUAACUGGCACAAGUUUUGAUAGCGUGUCCAUUUUAUGUCUGGCUACUUUAGUUGUGUUAGGCUCAUACAAACAAACACAUAGAAAGCAAAUCUAAUUUGUACACCAUUAAACUUUAAUGGCCGAUAUGACUUCAGGCUCCUCCCUUUUUCAUUUAUUUUUUCUUUCCUUUCUUACCUUUUAUUAUUCUUUUUGAAUUCCAAUCCAGUUUUGAGUGAUUGACUACACAGUUUGGUUACAGGACUUCUGACUUGUGCACUGUAAACAUGAACAGCAUGGAAAAGGAUAAGUACCUGUGUCCACAGAUUUGUAAGAUCUAGUCAAGACUUGCUGUGUAUAUUAUAAUGUUACAAAAAAAAUGGACAAGCCCUUUGUAUUAUAUUCAAGCGGUCUUAUGUAUGAUAAAAAAAAAAAAAAGUUGAUUAAUUUGUCCUGAGA